AUGAUCAAUGAACCUGUAAAACUUAUAAGCCUCUGCACCCUCUGCCUGCUUCAUAAAGCAUCAGACUCCCAAUACUUGAUGCAACAGCAGAAGUCAGUUAUACGCACCUUCACCAUGAAUACUCGCCGCCGUUUCUACACGAAUUUCCCGCCAGACGAUCCUGAGACUCCUUCACCACCACUAUCUCCACCGCGACGAACCCGCAUCACAGGCACCAGGGCCGAGAUCGAAGACCUCAGACACCGCAAGACCCGAAUCACCGGCAAAGGAAGCUACGCCAAGCGCAUCGACGAGCUGGCAAAGGAGCACUUGAUCCAGGAUUAUGACAAGGCCGAGCGAGCGUUUGCAACGGGUCAUUACGAGUUUUGCAAAGACCAGUGCUUCUUCAUCCACGCCUCGAAGCCCUUGUCCGACACGAUCAAAGCAAAGACAUAUAUGCUUUUGGCGCGACGCGAAGUCUUAGGUGACAGUCCCGAGGAGAGGGAGUCCUAUGCCAAGGAGGCGAUGAAGUGCUGGGAUGUGGUCAUCGAGCGCAGAGGAUACUGUCAUACUCGUUUCCCCGCUGAGGUGGCAAGAGAGCAGAGGAAGGUCGCAAAGCGGCAGCUGGAGGUUGCACAGUCGGAUCUGAAUUCCCGCAGAAAGAAGAAUAUUGCCAGCCAUUCGCGGCAAGAUGAGAACCUCGACCCUGCGCUGCAAGAAUUGAAAGCACGGCAAGAGUCACAGGAGCUCUAG